AGGAGGUACCUAUAUGUACCGGAUGCGGAUGCAAUAUGCGCAUUUUGCAUAGGCAAGUCUUAGCGCAUCUCUGCCCCUCCACACCACAUGUUGAUGCUAUGACGUUGAAAUUUAUUUAGCAGGUACCCAAGUAUCUUUUUGAAGCUUCCAGCAUCCUAUCCCGAAUUCUUCUCCCUUCGCUUCCUCCAUGUCACAGACGAUUUCACCGCUAGGUGGUUGAACCCUCCUAGGGUCCCGGAUCAAAGACGUAACGGAACAUCUUUCCCAAGUCAUCUUAGGCACCAAUUGAUCGCCAUUUAGCCGCAAACAAACAAACAAUCGUUAGAGAUCAAAAAUACCUAGAGGUCGAAUUAGAAGGAAGGAAGGGAAACACACAAUGGCGCAACAGCCAAACCAGCCGCUCUUCGGCAUCAUCCCAGCCGGACAGCCGCUUAUUACCGUACCGUCCUCCCAACCUAGCCCCACGUCAUUCCUAUACGCGAUCCCGCAUCCCGCGCCCUCGCCCGCGAACCCCACCCCCAAACCCUUCUCCCACCUCACCGUCUUCCUGCUCCCUGGCGUCGCCCUCCCCGACGGCACCGCCGCCGCUAUCUACGUCGCGCUGAACCCGACCGCCCUAGCUAGCGGGCAAGAGGAGCCCAACUUCAAGUUCCUGGGGGGCGUGGGGCCCGGCAAGGAGAGUGCCGUGUUCAAGCUCUCUCCACCUUCUUCUGCUCCUAACCCCGAGGGCGUGAUAAUCGGGAUCAACGUGGAGGACGCAGCAUCCGUAGCCGAGCGCAUUCAACAGCUGCACGCGACCAACUCCAGCGGUAACACGACGCAACAACAGCAGCAGCAGCAGCAGCAGCCGUCGACGCAGGUCUUAGCCCAGCGCAUAAUAAAGAACGCAUUCAACUUCCUGGCCGGGUUUAGCGGCAAGGUGGGCGCCGAAGGCGUCGAGGUCGUGCCUCUAAAGGCCUUCCAAGAGUGGUGGCGCAAGUUCGAGAACAAGGUCCGGAACGACCCUACGUUUCUCGAGAGGGAGCAGGAUUAACGGUAGGAGUUGUCGGGCCGGUUACCUACCUCAGUCAAGAUCCCGGGGGAGAAAGUGUUCUCCUCGAAGUGGAGAUUUGGAUACUACGUAUAUUGUAUAGUAGAGAAACAGGGGAGAUGGGGAGAAAGGGGGGAAAGGGCAGCAGACAUCUACUCCUGUUGGCUGUUAUAAUAUUCACCUCCUGUGAGCAGCAAGCUGGUCUAAGAUGUUGAAAAUAAAAGGUUGGAUGUUCCUUAAUAGAGAAGGACGAGACUACGGUCACCUCUGAGCUAUAGUCGGACGAUAUUGGAAUAGAUAAAAGUUAUUGUAUAUCUACCUGAUAUGGGACAUCUAAGGUCUCAUAGGCCUUCAAUUUACUACGCAUCCAUUUCACGCUAGAUACCACUUCACCAG